AUGGAGGCGGCAGGACUUAUGAACAACUUUCCGUGCCUAGUCGUCCGUGGCAUUUGUGAUUACUCAGACUCCCACAAGAACAAGGAAUGGCAAGGCUACGCUGCUAUGGCAGCAGCUGCGUACUCCAAGGACCUCCUCCGUCGAAUUUCCCCUACUAGGGUCGAAGCUGAGAUUAAAGUCAUCGAUAUCCUCACUGAUAUUCAAGAAGACGCCAAUGCACUACGCCGUACGCAGCACAGUGAACAGUUUGAGAAUAUUUUGAACUGGCUCACACCGAUCGAAUAUGCUUCCCAGCAGAAUGACUAUUUCAACAGGCGACAACCGGGAACUGGUCAAUGGUUCCUAGAUUCGAACGAAUACCACGGCUAG